AACAAGUUUGUAAGUGCUUUGUGAUAUUGAAACGACGCGAAUAUUAAAGAAAAUUGGAAAAUUAUGCUAAAAUGUCAGAAUUGAAUCGCAUAUUCUGUGAAAUGAAGUCGCAGUGUGCACAAAACGUCGAUUGGACCAAUGUGGAAGGCUGGCUAUGCGAUGAUGACAGUGAUGAGGUGAUACAACGUCGGGCCAGUAAAUUCUGGGCACUGCCCAUGUGCCGGCAGAAUCUGGAAGUGCAGGAUACUCAAUUGCAAACGCUACGGGAUCUAUCCCAGUGCAUCAGACUGUUGCGUUCGACCGACACUGAAACCGAAAACAACUUUGACGUUACCCAUGAUAAUUGGACUAACAUCGAGGAAAUCGCGCCAAAGGAUUAUUUGGCAUACAUUUAUGCACUCACCAGUCUGGCAACAUUGCCCCAAGACAUACUGGAAUAUGCUCCCACGGCUUUAAAUGAAAAUAUAAACGUGCAGCUGGCGCUCAAUGCAGUUAGCACGUAUUUUCUAACACUGACUAUACCUGGCGCCAAAAGUUAUGGCGUUUUCGACGAAGCUGUCAUAGAGCACUGUCUGCGAGUAUUCCGACUGCUUGAACAACAUGCCAACUCCAGUGCGCGGGCUAACAAUAUAUGGAUAUUGUUUCUAACUAUUUGCGAUGAUCUGAAACUGGUAUUUCGCUAUGUGCACUUUAAGGAUCACCUAAAGCCACGUGACAACAUAAUGCGUUGUCUCUUUGAAAUACUCUACAUAAAUUUUAGACAUGGUUACAACAAUUCAUGUGCACACCAAUUGCAUUUGAAAUGCUUCGAGCUGUUUGAUGAGAUUACCAACGAACAGAAUGGCGAUGUGCACGAGACCUUGAUGCAUAUAAUGGGUCAAACAUUUUCCAUGCACAUUUAUCCGGAAAAUUCAAAAGGUUCGGGCCCAAAAAGUGGCGAGCAUAUUUCAGAUUGGUUCAUCAAGCUUUUGGACAAGUAUCCAGGAAUAAUUUCGGGCGUUUUAGCGUUAUACAUUGAGUGCGUGAUUACUAAUCCCAUUAGGGAGUGGAAAAUGGGAGAUGAGAAAAUUGCCAUUGGCUAUGCGGCCAAAUAUGAUGCAGCUCUCUAUGCCAAAUGUAACAAGUCCUGCACGGAGAUGUUACUGGAAACCAUCAGAGCAGAAGAUGCGGUGGGCAUACAGAUACGUACGCUCGAGCUUUUCGAACGUAUUUUGCAGCAUCAGACGCAGGUGGGGUGGCAAGUUUUUCGUUACGAUGUGUCCACCGAGCCACGAGAAGUUGCGCUCUUAACGGAGACAAUCCGUUGCCUUGAUGAUAAGACCUCCAGCGUGCGCCGCAAGGCCAGCCAGGUGCUAAGUCUAUCCAUUAAGCAGGGUUCGCCAAUCACAACCCGCAUACUCCACGAAGUCAUCAGCUUUGUCCAAUACGAUGAUGUAAAGACGCCACAAAAGCCAAAUGCACGACAAAUAGAGCUAUCUCUCGAAAGGCCUGGUGACUUACAGUACGCCUACAGCUUCGAGGGCUUUGAGGAACUGGAACCGGAGGUUAAGAAAAUGCCAAAAAUUAUCUAUGAACGUUUUAUGGCCGCCAACAAUGGAUUGGCGCGCUGCUCGGGCCUAGCCCUGCUGGAGCGUCUGGUGCAAAUCAAUCAGCGCAUUAUCUACAACACACAAUUCGAGCGCGAAAUGUCGGUGCUGGCCACUGAUGCCCUUUCAUCGGUGCGCAAAACGGCGCUGGAAACCAUCGACUCGCUCCUGCAAAGCUACAACAAUUGCACCAUACUCAUAGAUGUCUAUUGCCGCAUAUGGUCAUGCAUGCUCAACGAUGAGGAUACUGUACUCCAGAAAUUGGCGUUGCAUAGCUUCAAUCGCAAUGUCUUAAUGAACAUUCAACCUCUGGAGUUUUCCAAUGAACCCAAGCAUCUGCUGCCCUGGCACAUAUUGACCACGUUGUUAACAUCGCAGCCGCGCGAUUAUUUGCAGCAAAGACUCACCCUUUUGCUGCAGAACGAGAAUGUGGUGACUCCCAGGUUGGUGAAUACCAUAAUAUCGCAUUUGAACACACCAAUGGCAACGGAGGCGUGGACACUGCUCCUCUUAAUAUCCAGUCGCAUCACAAAUAAUUUAGACUCAAUUAUUCCAACAUUCGAUGGCCUGUCAUCGUACAAUAUGAAGUCUAAUCAGGUGUUGGCACUUCAAUUGAUCUGCUACUGUCUGUCCAAUUUUUCCAAGGCGUCACUCAAUCAGCUCUUUAUACGUUUGCUCUCGGUUCUGAGCACGGGCAGCAUUUGGCUGGCCCUUAUCUCGCCUGCGAUACUCCUAUUGCAUCACAUAGAUCAAUUGUCCCAUAGUCAGGCCCCAGCGGAUAGCGUCAGUGUCGAGAAUUGGCAACAAAAGCUGCUCGAGGAUGUCAUGUCGGCCACAAAGCUGUGCAUGGAGAACUUUGAAGCGGAUCACAUACGCUUAGCUUCACUUCUGGCCACAUAUUCGGAGCUGAUUGUAAUGUUGCCGCAGCCUGCGGAUGAGAGAAUUGUUAACUUUGUGCUUGGCUAUGUGAAAUUAUGCAUUGGCCUGAAUGAGGCCAGUUUCGAUACGGAGAACGAGCGCAUCAUGAACUGGAUGGUUGUAAUUGCUGGUCGGCUCUCCCUGCGGGACAAUCAACUGGCACACAGAGUUUCCAAAAUGUAUGGCCAGAUACUAAGCCGCAAUGACAGGCCACAAUUGAUAAAUAGCACACUGAUUGGCCUCAAUGAUUUGGGCAAGAAAUAUCCCACAAUACUGGAAAGCAAUAUGAAAUGUAUUCUAGUCAAGCUGUUCUCGAAAUAUGCCACAACCCGUGUGCGCACCUAUCGCUGUGUCAAGGAUGUUAUCCUGGCGGGCAAUAUUAAAUUGAAAGGCGCCAUUUUGGUCUCUCUGCUGGCGGGCCUGGUGGAUGACAGUGCCGAGGUGGCGCGCGAAGCGGAUGCCUUUUUUAUGCGCUACAAAAAAUUGUACGACAAGUCCUUGUUUCAUCAUUGUCUCAAGGAGAUUCCCUUCGAUUUGAACGACCAGGCGUUUCUAAUCGGCUCAGCGCGCAUGGAGCCCGGCUUCAAGUCGCCGUUAAAGGGAGCAGCGCAUAAAAAACAUCGACGUCUGCUAUAUAAUCACAUACUCGCCGCGCUAGAUGAAACUACGCUGCUGUUGUACUUCGGACAGCUAAAGCUGCUAGCCGAGAAAACAAAGGACACGGCAUUUAUUAAAUUACCCGGCGCCUUGGACGUUGUCAUGGACAUACUCUUUGUGAUGCGACGCAUAUGCUUUUGCACCAAGAGCAAACGUCAGCAGAACGGGGGCGAUAAUGACGAUGAUGCCGUGAUGGCGGAGGAAGAGCCACCAGCACCAGCAACACCUUCAAGGGAACAGCAGCCAGCAAACGAGAGUGCAGCAACAAGCAAGGGUCGUGGACGCGGCAGCGCACGUAAACGUGAAUUGGCCGAGGAGCCGCUAAAGCAACUGGAGCGCUGUCUGCGCUAUGUGGAGGAAACGCAUCGGCAUUUGCGUAAUUACAUGAACCAGGAACUGCAUCGGGAGUUUAAUAAAUUUUGCCGUGCCAUGGCUAUGCGUUUUCCCAACUUGACAGACUUUGCGCAGCCGGCGCAAUUCUGGCAAAAAUAUAAAUCCAAAUCGGGACCCAGAUCCAAGCGACGUCGUGUCAACGAAGACGGUGACGAUGCUGCUGGCGAAGAAUCGGUGGACAGCAAUAGCGAUACGGACAAUGAACUGCCGCUGGAGCGGCACAAGCACGUAACCACAACACCAGAGGGCGGGCAGCGCAGAAGUAACUACGAUUUGCUGGCUACGGAGCUAAUCUUCCAACCGCUUGAAUGGUAGACGGAGAGAGAUCCGAACACAUAUAAAAACCUAAUAAACAUAACGUAUUUUUGCAUGGACCGCUUGGAGAGACCUGAUAACUAUAAAAACCUCAUGUACAUAUUCUAUUCCUAAGAUUCUGUAGAAACCUAAUGUAUAGACUACUUAAUGUACAGCUUGUAUUUUUACAUAAUGCAUAGACGUAUAUGCAUGGUUGAACUGAUUUAUAUACAUUUAUAUGUGGUUGUAUUGUUUUAUGACAACUAGCUUAAUUAUUA